CUCUGGUGGCCAACGUAGGCUAUUACAUCUGCACUGAUGCUAACGGUGCUGCUGCCACCUAUUUAAGGGCUUUCUAUCCAGCUUUUGGGUACACAAAAAGGCAUCCACCACACUGAUUGGCCGUGCAGUUGCAGCAUCCACAUGACGUUGUCUGCUUUCGUCUUGGUGGAGACCUGGUCCAGCUGAAGUCAGCAUCAAUAACAUCACCAUCAUCAUCAGCAGCAGCAGCCAUCCUCUUUCCCGCCGCCAUGGAGGUGAACCGGGAUGAGGCUGAGCACUGCAUUGACAUCGCCACCGCAGCGUUGAGCAGCGAGCAGCCCGAGAAGGCGAGGAGGUUCUUGGAGAAGGCCCAGAAGCUCUUUCCUACGGAGAAGGCGAGGGUGCUGCUGGAUCUAAUCUCCAAGAACGGAUUCACCCCCAGACAAGACACACACUUGAAUGGGGACUCAGGACCAAGGCACAGACAGACCCAAAGUGAUGACACUAGGACACCAGAAGAGAAGACCUCAGACACCUACACCGCAGACCAGGUGGAUGCUGUGAGAAGGAUCAAGCAAUGCAAAGACUUCUAUGAGAUCCUCGGGGUUCCCAAAGACGCCGCCGAGGACGAACUGAAAAGAUCUUACAGGAAACUGGCGUUAAAAUUCCAUCCGGAUAAGAAUCACGCUCCCGGUGCCACUGAGGCAUUCAAAGCCAUUGGGAAUGCGUACGGCGUGCUAAGUAACGUCAACAAAAGACGACAGUACGACGAGUGUGGCGAGGAGAGGCGACAUCCUUCCAGACAUGGGCCGGGCGAUGGCAACUUUGAUGCUGACAUUUCACCCGAAGACCUCUUUAACAUGUUCUUUGGAGGAGGUUACACUGCUGGUAGUCAACACACCUACACAAACGGAAGGAUGAGACACCAGAGGCCACAAAGAAGAGAAAGACAGAGAGAUGGCGGUCUGGCUCUCUUCGUGCAGGUGAUGCCCAUCCUCAUCCUGGUCAUCGUGUCCGCCCUCAGCCAAAUAAUGGUCAACAGCCCCGCCUUCAGUCUCAGCUUUCGCCCGUCAGCCGGCUACACGCAGAAGAGGCUGACGGAGAACCUCAAAGUGCCCUACUAUGUCGGCGAGCAGUUCCCCAAAGAGUUCAACGGCGGGAAUCUGAAGCGCUUGGAGCAGAUGGUGGAGGACGAUUAUAUUUCCAACCUGCGCAACAACUGCUGGAAGGAGAAACAGCAAAAGGAAGGCAUGCUUUACAGAGCUCGCUAUUUUGGCGACACCGAUCUCUACCAGAGGGCUCAGAGGGCGAGGACACCGAGCUGCGCCAAGCUGUCCGAGAUCACCGCUUCCUUGCACGGCUGAGGCGUCCUCAAGCUAACAUACUAACCAGCUGGCUGUACAUAGACAAGCUUUAAUUAACCACCUGAACAAGCAACGAUAGAGGUCUAACGGUGGAUGAGGGGUAAGGAUUUUCACGGACUUCUUGGAUGCUGCUGAGAAGUUGAGCUUCAGUUGCACCUUCUAACCCUUUGAAACUAUGCAGUAAUAGAGUGAAAAUACACACUACUGUAUGUAUUGUCCCACGCCUUGUUAAGUGCAUUAUAACACUUCCACAUCCUUUUAUUGUACUAAAAAUCAUUCUUUUAAUCACUUAAAGCAGGGGUGUCCAACCCAGUGUAGGAUAAUCCAUGUAUGCUAAGCAUAUUAUAUUAUGCUAUUUUUAUUGUGAGUAAGUGUCACAGGUAGUGGAUUGGAAGUGUGUCGCCCAAAAUGUAGACAGUUUAAAAGUGAUUUUAGUAAGCCCGACUGGGAACACGCCGUUUUGUGUGUCUGUAUCUUAAAUUAUAAUGAGCUGUUUGUCACCAAGAAGCACUAUUGUGCACUUUAUCCACUUGCCACAAAAAGUGCUAAAGUGCUAACAUUACACUCGCAUUUUAACAGCAGCAUCAUGCUAGGUUAGCCUAUUGGUUGAAGAAAGUCAUAAAAUUUGCACCUCCCAUGUCGUCUGUAGCUGUGACAGAUUGGUAACGCUUUAUUUGAUGUGUAGAGAAGCCUGCUUUUUUUAACCUUAAAAACAGACUAGGGACACAUAUUGCUGUUAGACUACCAUUAAAUAAAAAGUCACUUUUGCACAAUGGGGGCCAUAAUGUGUGGUUAGGAUUAGUGUGAUUUCUUGUUCAUUUAUGUUUUUCUAUUUUUCAUGUUUUUUAAGUGUGGCCAUAAUCCACCUUCAUAAUGUUUACAUGAUCCCGCGGGCCAAUCCAAAAUAAUCUGCCAGCGGCAAAUGGCCCCUGUGCCACACUUUGGACACCCCUGAGUUCAAGUUUGUGACAUAUAUGCAUCUACGGUACUGUGCAACACAGCAAUGGGCGUGUUGUAAUGACCUUAUGUAGCAUAUAGAAGGUCACCCAGUGUAGCGCUCACCACCAACAACCAAACUGUUUAGGAAAAGUGCAAAAAUAUCCUUGUGUAUCAUUUUUUUAGCAACUUGCUGCUUCAUGGAGGAUGUCAUUAGAAUGCUACAUGUUACCUGUAUCUGCACCUUUAUCCAGAUUCUCACCAAAAUCCUCCUAACUGUACAGGAUGGUGUGAAUCCCAGUAGCUGUUCGAUGGGUUUGUACCGCCACUCGUCCGCUUCUAGCUCCUCCACCAAGCUCGCCAGCUUCUCCAUGCGGGAUACCUGUUGAUCUGCCGAGUGACAGAAGAAAGCGAUGAGUUUGACACAGAAGAAUUCUGCGACACACACUUAAUUGAACAGACCGAGAGAGGUUUCCAGUGUGCUAUUGAUGUUCCAAGUGUUCUAUACAA